AUGUCCAGCAACCCCCACGAUUUCAACGACCCUAAUCGGCAGGGACAGUAUCCACCUCCUCAGUGGAACACUAGUCAACCUGAGGAUAACGCUUCCGCUCACUAUCCGCCGGCUUCUCAAUACCCUCGGGUUCACUUUAGUAUCCUCCGGCGUCGUAUCCUCCGGCCGCAGACCACCAAUAUCCUCCACCGCCCCAAGCGCAGUAUCCGCCUUCGUCAAACAUGGCUGCCAUCCAUCCUCAUGUCCAGGGCCCGCAAGAUCCGUACCGUCUUCCACCGCCUCCUGGAGCUUACCGCCCCCCAGACGUAUAUGCUCAACCUCCACCACCACAGGUUGUUUACCAAGCUGCUGCUCCGCGGCAGCGUACGGCUAUCGCCUGUCGCUACUGCCGAAGGCGGAAGCAACUGUAUCCGCUUCAACCAAGAGUGCAUGUUUACGCCCGUCUCCUCCCAAGCGCAGGCAUUUGUUCCAGCACAUGCGGCUUAUCCACACCUGAGAAACGCACAGAACCCGGGGCGUAGUACCCAGGGUGUACUGCUCUAUGGUGCCCACGGCCAGCCUUUGCCACCCCAGCAGCAGCCGCAACCAGGCCCAGAUGCUACCCUCCCACCACCGCAAGGAAUGUAUCAACAUCCGUACGGCAGUGCACCUCCGCCCCUUGCAUCCGUCUCUCAAGAUCAUAGGGCUAGUGGACGUCGCGGUUCGGGGUCUGGUUUCGAAUACCCAGAUCCCACAAAUCUUGCACCAGUCACUCCAGUCACAUCUACUCCUGGGUAUCAGGCGCAUACCACUCCUAGCCAAUACUAUCCCGCACAAAACGAUCGUCGCCCUUCGCCGCAAUCUGCUUAUCCUUACGAUGGUCGUCAUUCCUCGUCUCCUCAUAACUCUCCGUACCCUUCGAUGCAUCCUAGCCAAGGCGCUAUGACCCCUCCUCCUACAUCCACUCCUAGUGGUUCGCGCGGAGGAUUGAAUGUUCGCGAUAUGCUCAAUCCGGGGGAUAGCCAAGGCCGCUCCAGCACCGAUAGCGAUAUGCUUAAUGCCUUGAACCGAAGGGGCUUGAAUCAGUAG